CGGAAAAGCCCUGGCGCGGCCCGCGGGACGCUAUAAACGGGCGGCGGCGGGCGCGCGGGGCAGGGCGCAGCGGCACCGACGGCGGCCGGACACCCAUCCGACACCCACCCGACACCCACCCGACACCCCGGCCAGGACCCGGCGAUGACGCUGAACAACGUGCCCCUGCGCCAGGGCCCCGUGGGCCUGCAGCCCCAGCAGCAGCGCUGGAGCAUCCCCGCUGACCCCCGGCACCUGGUGCUCCAGAAGGAGCCGCACCCCCCGAGCCGGCGCAGCCGUCCCCCGGCCGCCCCCGACGAGCACUGCCGCCGGAGCUGGUCCUCUGACUCCACGGACUCGGUCAUCUCAUCCGAGUCGGGGAGCGCCUACUACCGGGUGGUGCUCAUAGGCGAGCAGGGCGUGGGCAAGUCCACGCUGGCCAACAUCUUCGCGGGCGUGCACGACAGCAUGGACAGCGACUGCGAGGUGCUGGGAGAAGACACGUAUGAGCGGACACUGAUUGUUGAUGGCGAAAGUGCGACAAUUAUCCUCCUGGACAUGUGGGAGAAUAAGGGGGAGAACGAGUGGCUCCAAGAGCACUGCAUGCAGGUGGGCGACGCCUACCUGAUCGUCUACUCCAUCACGGACCGGGCGAGUUUCGAGAAGGCGUCAGAGCUGCGGAUCCAGCUCCGCAGGGCACGGCAGACGGAGGACAUCCCCAUCAUCCUGGUGGGCAACAAGAGCGACCUGGUGCGGCGCCGGGAGGUGUCUGUCUCAGAAGGCAGGGCGUGCGCUGUGGUGUUCGACUGCAAGUUCAUCGAGACGUCAGCGGCCGUGCAGCACAACGUGAAGGAGCUGUUCGACGGCAUCGUGCGGCAGGUGCGGCUGCGGAGGGACAGCAAGGAGAAGAACGAGCGGCGGCUGGCCUACCAGAAGAGGCGCGAGAGCAUCCCCAGGAAGGCCCGGCGCUUCUGGGGCAAGAUCGUGGCCAAGAACAACAAGAACAUGGCCUUCAAGCUCAAGUCCAAGUCCUGCCACGACCUCUCCGUGCUCUAGGCGCGCGCUCAGCCCGCGUCUCUGGAGGGACACGCCGACGACGGCCUGGGGGCCGCUGAUCUAUAUUAGAUUGUACCCUUCCAUCCCGUGGGAUGCGGGCUCCCGGUGGCCCCUGGGAGCCCGGAGGGCAGCCUCACGGGCAGCGCCCCGCGCGGGGCGUGGAGCAUCUUGGGGAAGUUAUUUAUCUACAGGAAAAGGCCUGACUUGGCGACCUGAACUCGAGACUCAGUCGAGGUGGCGUCAGGCGUUCAGAGAUGCUUCCUCCCUCCCUCCUGUGAACAGGCGAGGACCAGAACGUGACGUCCUUCAAACCUUGCCCAGUGUUCUGACCUGUGAAUUUGUGGCCGAUGGUCAAUGAGCAGAUAUCGGAAGCUGUCCGAACCUUUCGUUCCAUGGAGUGAGAACGUCUUCCCCUAUCCCUUAGACUCAUGGAACUAGGAUAGGAAAUGGGCUCAUCAUAAUCAUGACGACUGUUGCUCCAUAAAGCUGUGAAAAAAAAAAAAACCCACGAUGGACCUUGCUGGAAACUAAAGCUUAGCAAACUGCUUUGUUCAGUGAUGUUGAGGACCCAGAGACUUGCUAAAGGGGGAACUGAUUCAUGCACCGCCCGUAGGUUCCAAACAUUUAUUUCAGUUCAAUCCCACUUUGCCAAGCCACCUAGUCUGCUUUAUUAUUUUUUACGUCAUAGGGCCAUCAUAAAAAUAUUUUUUAAGUCUGUAUGAUAACUUGGAGUACAAAAUGUCAAGUUUUUAAGUACAAUUACAUGUUUGAAUUUUUAUAUAAGACUCAACAUGAAUACGUCGAGUAUCUGCACACUUGUGUACCACUGCUCUGCUCUAUUUAUUAUUUUGCAAAAUAAUAACCAUUUUAACAUUUGAUAAAACAUAUUUAUGAACAUAUUUCUUAAGAAAGUCCAUUUUACUACCAUUUUCUAUCUUUUCAGAAUAUGCAAGUUUUUACCUAUAUAUCUUACAAUAAAAUCUUUG